AAGUAAAAUAAGCAUCGCUAGUCGCUUCUCGUCUCUUCGAAUUAUUGAAAAUAUACUCGAUCUAUCCUGCAAAACUACCGAAAACUCUAAACAACGAACGGGACGCGGAAGGGAAACCUCAACCCCGUGCCUGCAUUUGAAAACAUCCGGUGCAGAGAUGCGCUAGCUGAGUGGAGGUGAAGUGCGAGAGAGACGAACAAACACCGUCACAACAACAAUGGCACGCCAGCUAAACCCGAGCCAGCAAAAGAUCGCUGAGAAGCUGAUCAUCCUGAACGACCGCGGGGUCGGUAUCCUGACGCGCAUCUACAACAUUAAAAAGGCAUGCGGGGAUACCAAAUCGAAGCCGGGCUUCCUGUCGGAGAAGUCGCUCGAAUCGUCGAUCAAGUUCAUCGUCAAGCGCUUCCCGAACAUCGACGUCAAGGGGCUGGCGGCGAUCGCGAGCAUUAAGACCGAGAUCAUCAAGUCGCUUUCGCUUUACUACUACACGUUUGUCGAUCUGCUCGACUUUAAGGACAAUGUGUGCGAAAUUCUCACCACGAUGGACGCACUCCAGAUCCAUCUGGACAUUACGCUCAACUUCGAGCUGACGAAGAACUAUCUCGAUCUGGUGACGACGUACGUGUCGCUGAUGAUCCUGCUUUCCCGCGUGGAGGACCGCAAGGCCGUCCUGGGGCUGUUCAAUGCGGCCUACGAGAUGCAGCACAGCCAAAGCGACCAGGCGUUCCCACGCCUCGGUCAGAUGAUCAUCGACUACGACAUGCCGGUGAAGAAGCUGGCCGAGGAGUUCAUCCCUCAUCAGAAGCUGCUGUCGAGCGCGAUCAACUCGCUCACGAAGAUCUACUCGAUGCGUAACCUGAGUGCGGAAAAGUGGCGCGAGCUGCAGGUGCUCAGCCUCAUCGGUACGCCGGCGAUGCUGCUGAAGGCCACCAAAACGGACACCAUGUCGUGCGAGUACAUUUCGCUCGAGACGCUCGACCGUUGGGUGAUCUUUGGGUUGAUGCUUCACCAUCAGGCGCUUGGGCAGCAGGGACUGGUGAAUAAUAUGUGGAUAUCGGCGUUAGACUCGAGCUGGGUGGUGGCCCUAUUCCGCGACGAGGUCAUCUACAUUCACCAGUACAUCCAGAGCAACUUCGAGGGCCUGAAGGGCUACGGGAAGCGCAUCUCGGAGGUGAAAGAGUGCUACAACCAGGCCAUCCAGAAGGCGGCCCUGCUGCACCGUGAGCGACGUAAGUUUUUGCGCACGGCGCUGAAGGAACUGGCGCUGAUCAUGACCGACCAGCCGGGCCUGCUGGGACCGAAGGCGCUGCUCGUGUUCAUUGGGUUGUGCUACGCGCGGGACGAGAUCCUCUGGCUGCUGCGCCACAACGACAACCCGCCGGUGGUGAAGAGCAAGGGGAAAUCGACCGAAGACCUCGUCGAUCGCCAUCUCCCCGAGUUGCUGUUCCACAUGGAAGAGCUGCGGGCGUUGGUGCGUAAGUACAGCCAGGUGAUGCAACGCUACUACGUCCAGUAUCUGUCCGGGUACGACGCGAUCGAUCUGAGCUACAAGAUGCAGCAGGUGCAGAUGUGUCCGGAGGACGAAAGCGUCAUCCUAACGGCCCUCUACAAGACGGUCACCAGCCUGUCGGUGAAGCAGGUCGAAGACAACGAGGUGUUCGAUUUUCGCGCCUUCCGGCUCGACUGGUUCCGCCUGCAGACGUUCAUGAGCGCCAAGUCGUCGAUCCGCAUCACCGACUAUCCCGAUCUGGCCCGCCUGCUCGACUCGAUGGUGUUCCACACGAAGAUGGUCGACUACCUGGACGAGUCGCUGGUGGAAACGUCCGAUCUGUCGAUCUUCUGCUUCUACAACAAAAUGUUCGAGGACCAGUUCCACAUGUGCCUGGAGUUCCCGGCCCAGAACCGGUACAUCAUUGCGUUUCCGCUGAUCUGCAGCCACUUCCAGAACUGCACGCACGAGAUGUGCCCCGAGGAGCGGCACCACAUUCGCGAACGUUCGCUCUCGGUGGUGAACAUGUUUCUGGACGAGAUGGCCAAAGAGGCGAAGAACAUUAUCACGACGAUUUGCGACGAGCAGUGCAUGAUGGCGGACGCGCUGCUUCCGAAGCACUGCGCAAAGAUCCUCUCGGCGGCCGCGAAUCGCAAGAAGAAGGAUAAGAACAAGAACAAGCACAUGGAUGACAUCCGGCGGCCGGGUGACGAGAGCUACCGGAAGACGCGCGAGCUGCUAACGACCAUGGACAAGCUGCAUAUGGCGCUGACGGAGCUUUGCUACGCCAUCAACUACUGCCCCACGGUCAACGUGUGGGAGUACGCGUUUGCCCCGCGCGAGUACCUCUGCCAGCAUCUGGAGACCCGCUUUUCGCGGGCCCUCGUCGGGAUGGUCAUGUACAGUGCGGACACGUCCGAAAUUGCCAAACCGUCCGAGCUGCUCGCCUCGGUACGCGCCUACAUGAACGUGCUGCAAACGGUCGAGAACUACGUGCACAUCGACAUAACGCGCGUCUUCAACAAUUGUCUGCUGCAACAGACACAGCCGCAGGAUAGCCACGGCGAAAAGACGAUUGCCGCCCUCUACAACACCUGGUACUCGGACGCGCUGCUGCGCAAGGUGAGCGGCGGCAACAUUGUGUUCUCGCUCAACCAGAAAGCGUUCGUGUCGAUCACCCCCGAGGGCUACAUUCCAUUCAAUCCGGAGGAGUUCUCCGACUUCAACGAGCUGCGCGCACUGGCGGAACUGAUCGGACCGUACGGCAUCAAGCUGCUGAACGAAUCGCUCAUGUGGCAUAUCGCGAAUCAGGUGCAGGAGCUGAAGCGUCUGGUCGUGCAGAACAAGGAGGUGCUGAUGAUUCUCCGCAGCAACUUCGACAAGCCGGAGAUUAUGAAGGAACAGUUCAAGCGGCUGCAGCAGGUGGACAAUCUGCUCCAGCGUAUGACGAUCAUCGGGGUGAUCUUGAGCUUCCGCCAGCUGGCCCAGGAGGCGCUGGUCGACGUGCUAGAGCAGCGCGUUCCCUUCCUUCUCUCCUCGAUCAAGGACUUCCAGGAGCACGUCCCCGGUGGCGAUCCGCUCAAGACCGUCUCCGAGAUGGCGUCGGCCGCCGGGCUGAAGUGCAAAGUGGACCCGGCCCUCUCGAACGCGCUGAAGGCGCAGAAACCGGAACCGGACGACACGGACCAUCCGAGCAUCUGCCUGCUGAUGGUGUUCGUCGCCGUGAGCAUUCCCAAGUUGGCCAAAAACGAAAACUCCUUCUACCGGGCGUCGCUGGAGGCGCACACGAACAACACCCACUGCAUGGCCGUGGCGAUCAACAACAUCUUUGGUGCGAUGUUCACCAUCUGCGGCCAGAACGACAUCGAGGAUCGGAUGAAGGAGUUCCUGGCCCUCGCCAGCUCGUCGCUGCUGCGCCUCGGGCAGGAAUCGGACAAGGAGGCUAUCAAGAACCGCGAAUCGAUCUACCUGCUGCUGGAGCAGAUCGUCCAGGAGUCACCGUUCCUCACGAUGGACCUGCUGGAGUCCUGCUUCCCGUAUGCGCUUAUCCGCAACGCUUACCAUGCCGUGUACAAGCAGGAACAGUUGAUGCAUUGAAAAGACACCCGAACUCGCAAUGCAAUGCAAUCCAAAAAUGAAUAAUUGACUUCUCCCUCCCUCUCUGGGGACCUCUGUGCACCUUCAAACCUCAGAGUGCUGCUUUCGUCGGAUGAUACUAAACGGCAUCAUUUAAUUUAUUGCAUCCACGUGGAAUCGUGUGUGCGUUUCGCUUUCCAUUCGUUCGCAUUUAUUUGUAGGGGGCAAUCGAUAGCAAAAGUGUAUCAGGAGUGUUUGCUGAACAGCAGAUAUAAUAAGGCUACGCGGCAAAAUUCGUGCAACAGUUUAUAUCACAUACUACUU